AUGCGUCCGGAUUGGGCUUUGAUGGUAAAAGAGGAGAUUGCCAAGCAACUCAGUGUAGGGUUCAUUGAGGUGACGAGGUAUACUGAAUGGUUGGCAAAUGUCGUAGUCGUACCAAAGAAGGAUGGUCGGAUCAGGAUACAGGGUAGUAUCAUUGCUGAACACCUAUCCGCACAUCUAGUUGUUGAUACAAGGCCUUUGAAUGACAUAUUUCCAGAUGAAGAUGUAGUUUUUGUUGAGGUUGAAAAUGAGGUUGGCAUUUGGCAAAUGUUCUUUGAUGGAGCCGCCAAUCACAAAGGUUACGGAGCCGGAGUUCUACUUUUAACUCCUGAAGGGUUGAACAUGCCCAUGGCAUAUAGGUUGGACUUUGAGUGCACCAACAACAUGGCCGAGUAUGAAGCUCGCCUCAUAGGAUUAAAAGCAGCCAUCUCUAUUGGGGUCAAAAGAUUGGAAAGGGAUAAUAACAGGUUUGCCGAUGCUUUGGCUACUCUCGCAUCGAUGGUUGAUUUUGGUCAGGGUGAGCAAAUACAACCAUUCAUUAUAGAUCGGAGAGAUCAUCUUUCACAUCAAGGCUUUGUCAAUGCCCUGACAGUAGAUGGUAGGCCUUGGUUUGUCGAUAUUGUGGAUUUUAUCAGAGAGGGGAAGUACCCUGCAGAUGCUACCCAAGGAGAUAAAAGGUUCCUGAGGCGUUAUGCCACCUAA